UGCAACAACCAGCUAAAGAGAAAACCAAACAGCAUUUUUUUUUCUCGUUAUUAUUAUUUUGACAAUAAUUGAAAGUGUAUGGUGUACUCCUGUGGCCCUUGUUUUAAUUGGAACACGCCGUUCAUUGUGCUUCUAUCGUCAUAGCCUGGAAUGUGGACUCCUUGCGGCUUUGAUUAGAAAAUCGUCCUUUGCCUCGAGCUUAUUAUGCUAGUUCAUUAUCGUAGGCUAGCUUGUUUAUUACUGGCUCGUUGUUCAAGUGGGCGCACGGGUCCUUGAGAGUCGUGAACUCAACAUAUUAUGGAUCACGAUAAAGCGACAGAACAAGUUCGGAAUCAGAACGCUUUUGACAUGGGCUCGAACUGUGGAGACACCAAUAGUGAAGCUGAAUCAAUAAGUGAGGAAGAGAGAGUGAGAAGGUUAUUUGCAGUGUGUGAUGCUGAUGGCGAUGGCUAUAUAGACAGUCAAGAUUUAAUUAGUGCCCUGCAAGAAUUGGGUUUGGAGGGUGCCAUCAAUGUUAGUGACCUUAUGCAACAGAUGGGUGCCGAUACCCAAGGAAAAGUUUCAUAUGAACAGUUUCUUCAAUGCCGUUUGUCCCACAGAACAGAAAUUGAAGCCUUGAGGGUUCACAGUGGAGAUGCAAACCUCCCUCCGCCUGGUGGUUGGAUUAAUGCAAAUGAUCUAUCUGGUUUGUACAGUGCAGACAUUCAUUUGCCUACCAGCAGUGAGCACAGCUUAGGUGCUACUUCGCUUCGACACGAAAGCUGGGAAUUCGACAGUGGGGCUCGAGACUUGAGCCCAGAACCAAAUGCUCUUUACAAGCUGAUUGAAGCGGCAGGAGUUUCCCUCACUGCCAAUCCUAGCCAGAUAUUGGAAAUAGCUAACAAGCUACACCUGGCCGCACUAGGUUCACUCCGUGGAGAGAUAUCGGAACUGCACGCCCGACUCCAAAGGGCCGCUCAAGAUCGAGAUACGCUCGAACAAGCCCUGGCCAAAACACAGUUGGAGCGAUUGCGAUUGGUGCAGGAGAGCGAGGAACGGUUGGAACGUCAAUCGACGCAGUACGAAGAAAGGCUGACGGAAUUGCACAGCGUUAUCGCCGAGCUGACGCGGAAAUUAAACCGACAGCAGUACAACGUCAUCAAGGAAGAAGGAGAAGAAGAGGAAACGGAAGACGACGAAGAUGAAGAAGAAGCAGAGGAAGAUGAUGACGUCGACAAUGACGGCGAGGAGGAAAGUAAAAUGAAAAGGUCCGAUCCAGAAGUCAAAGGCUCUGUCGAACGCCCGACUGAUGUCAAGCCUGAGGCAACUAAUCGGAACAAGCGGGCAGAAGAAGUUGGCUAUAGCUUGCUCAGGGAUGGACAAGAUGUAACUGAAGAAGAACCAGAAGCUGCUGCAUCCAGCAGCUGCAGUAGCGACCUCUCUUUUGGUGCCAGCUCUUCCGAUGAAGAUGGCGCCGGGCCAGCAGGUGAAGCGAACCAGGCGGGCGAAGAUGAUCUUGACGCGAAAGCAGUUCAGGCCGGAGAGAAUCUUGAUCAAUUCCUUUCUUCCGCUGCCAAAGAAGCUUCCGCUCCGAUCGCUGAUCCUUUGACCGCUUUCAGCUCAGAAAACAAAGAACUGAAAGUGGAAAUUCUACGACUCGGCCAAGAUUUGAACCAGGCUCACGGAAUUGUGGACGCCCUGCGCAUGGAGCGUGAUGAACUAAGGCGACAGCUGGAAAUGAGCCAACAACCUCGGCCUCUACCUCUUUCGGCGGCAGCGAGUAUGGGAGCUCUCUCUAGCCUCCAAGGCAGCCCCAUCCACCAGCGGUUGGUAUCAAGUCGCGUAUCCAGUCCCGUUGUUGUGGAAGAAGGUCCAGUUUGCAAGGUUGCUGAACGGGUGCGCAUUAGACGACUAGACGGCCGGGAAAAACUCUUGACCGGAUCUCAAAUCGCCAGUUUUGGGAUACGCGAUGCUCGAGUGGCUGAGCAGUUGGUUUGCUCCGUUCACCAAGAUUCUGUUCAAGGCGAGGCACAUCACGCAUCCGGAGCCGAGUCUGUACGUGUCAAUGAAUUGGAGCUGGAAGUGGAACGGUUGGCUAGCCGCUCUGAGCAUUUGCGAGCUCAAAAUGACGUGCUUUCGAUGACACUUGCCGAGUCUCGAGCUUUGGGCGAACGUCUCGCAGUGCUGCUCGGCAAAUACGAAUCAAAUUGCAUGGCGUUACGCAUGGCACUUGAAAGAGCCGAUAGAGUUUCAGAAGCAUUUGAAGUUCUAGCUGCCUUAGUAGAAAGCGAAAUGUCUCUUCUAUUGGCCAACUGCCAAGUGGCAGGACUAGGGUUGACUGGCCGUAGUGGAACCGCUUGGGAAACGGAAUCAGGUGGCAAUAGUAAAGAUCUUAGUGUGCUUUGGAAACGCGCUACAGAGCGCAGGCGUUCGGCUGAGAAUCUUGCUCGAUCCCUCUUGUCAAAAUACGAUCGUGAACGAGACAAUUGGGAGGACACGGGAAGACACACAAAUACAACAAGCUCUACCUCAAGUGGAGCGGAGAGUGGUUCAGGAUCGGGAUCCAAUCCAGCUUGUACUCUGGAGCCCACAGAAAGGAAAGUACGAGAUAUAAUCGGCCGGUUGAAAGGUGAUAGAUCAAGCUUGGAAAACACAGUUCAACAAGUUUCGCUUCCCCUGGAGUCAGUUUUGGUUGAUCCUUUGCCUAAAGAAGUCUUACCUUUGGCUGAAGCUCGGAAAAUUGAUCUAGAGAUGGCCGUCAUCAUGCAGGAAUUGAUGGCCAUGAGAGAAGAACGUUCACGACUUCGAACUCAGGUUUAUAUUCUUGAAAAAGAGCGGGCUACUCAUGAAGCCCAACAACAAGCAACUGCCGCUCAACUUCGAAGUCUUAACACAGGCGGAUCUAACACAGAUGCAUCAGGCGAAAAGCCUCUGUCCUCAAUUGAAGGAGCUGAUGGAGACGAAUUAACAGUUCGAGAAAAGCGACUCCAAUUGAAAAUCCAAGAGUUGACGGGAGCCCUUGAACGCGUCACUUCAAGUGCAGAAAUCCGUAGUCAGCAGUCGGCUGAACUAGUUAGCGAUGUCAAGAAAGCCAACGCGACGUUGGUCCAACUUCUUGAGAGGACUAAGAAAAAGUACCAAUCUCGAUUAAAAAGACUAGAGCAGCAAAUGGUCAACAUGUCGGAAAGACAUGCAAUGCAGGUUCGCGUCCUAAAGCAACGAGUUAUGGUGCUGGAAGAUGAGUCUUCCGUCCGCCCUUUACCUUUAAGUUCAGCCCCAAAGUUGGAUCUCCAUAUUCUUGGUCAACGUAUGAGUAAGGUGGUCGCGAGGCCGUUGAUUACCGUUUACAAUGAGAAGGCUGAGGCCUCUGGAACCAGCAUCCAGCUCCCUGCAAUCUUCAGGGCUCCCAUUAGGCCAGACAUUGUCAGCUUUGUUCAACAACAAAUGUCAAUGAAUCGUCGUCACCCUUAUUGUGUCAGCGAGAAAGCAGGUCAUCAGACAAGUGCUGAAUCAUGGGGUACUGGUCGUGCUGUGGCUCGUAUUCCCCGUGUCCGAGGAGGUGGUACCCAUCGCUCCGGUCAGGGUGCCUAUGGUAACAUGUGUCGUGGUGGACGUAUGUUUGCCCCCACCAAGAUCUGGCGCCGUUGGCAUCGCAAGAUCAACGUUAACCAGAAACGUUUUGCAUUGUGCUCGGCCGUCGCUGCUUCGGGUAUUCCGUCUUUGGUGAUGUCCAAAGGUCACUUGAUCAAUGAUGUCCCGGAGAUGCCUUUGGUUGUGUCGGACAAGGUUCAAGAAUACAAAAAAACCAAACAGGCCGUCGUGUUGUUGCGCCGUCUUCGCGCAUGGACUGAUGUCCAGAAGGUUUACAAGACCAGGCGUUUCCGCGCAGGUAAGGGUAAGAUGCGCAACCGUCGCCGUACCAGCAAAUUGGGUCCACUGGUCAUCUAUGGCAGAGAUCAGGGUUUGACCAAGGCUUUCCGUAACAUCCCCGGAGUUUCUAUGAUUUCAGUAAACAAACUGAACCUCAUGAAGCUUGCUCCUGGUGGUCAUGUUGGCCGUUUCUGCAUCUGGACCGAGUCUGCUUUCCAACGCUUGAACGCCCUCUACGGUACUUGGCGUCAGAAGUCUAAGCUGAAGAGCAACUACAACUUGCCUCAGCCCAUCAUGACCGGAACAGAUUUGUCUCGUUUGUUGAAGUCUGAUGAAAUCCAGAAGGUUAUCAGACGACCAAGGAAGAUGAUCCGUCGUGCAUCUGUUAAGCGCAAUCCUCUUACCAACAUGAGAGCAUUGAUGAAGUUGAACCCGUACUCCGCCGUGAUUAAGAAGUCUGCCGCUGCUGUUGCUGAGGCCCGGAAGAAGAGCAAGACUGCUUUGCUCGAGAAGAAGCGCGAGUCAGUAGUACCCGUACCAAAUUUACCUGUUGAAAAGCCGAAAGAAGAAGCGCCCGUUCAAGCACCGGUCCAAGAUGUCAAACCAACUCAACCUCCUCCUGUUGAAACCCCUAAGCCAACACCACCAGAAACAAAGAAAAGCAAGAAAUCCAAGACGGCUGCAAAGGAUUUGCAAGUAGAACCGAUGGAUGUAACACCCGCGUCCGUUGUUGAGGUGAAGACUGCCCUAGCUCCAGCUAAGGAACCAUCUCCGCCAAUCGUUACCAUCCCUGAACCUGUAGUUAAGGUGGUAACACCAGUCGCUACUCCUGUAAAAGGAAAAUCGCCACCAGUCGUUCCUGCCCCAACACCGAUUGCUGUCCCGGAAGUGAAGCCGUUGGAAAAGGUUCUUGCUGCUCCCGUUGAAGCUAUCCCAUUAGAAGAAGCUUCUGUUCCCGAAUCAGCUGCUGAUAAGGGAUCGAAAGCCAAGAAAGCAAAGGGGAAGAAAAAUAAGAAGGAAUGAGUGACAUCAUUGAACCUGUGCCUGUAUGACGUUUUUUCUGUGACAUCUGAAUAAACCUUCUGCAGGCUGAAA